AUAAUAAUAACCUCGUAAUAACCUGAACUGUGGAACUGGUCUAAGUACAAACUCCAUUCACCGACUCUGGAUUUUUCUCAAAUGGGCUAUCAAAUCCUGAGAACACCACCUCUCUCUUCCUCCAAAACCUUAAUCUUUUCUAAGCUCGUUUCUCCACCAACCCUUGCUCCCACCUCUCUCUUCAAAACCCAUUUCAGACCCUUUGUUUCAAAACCCAUUGUUACUGUUCCCAAUUCUGCAACUGGGUUUGGUGGUGCAUCGUUUCAGUUUCAGCAGAGUAACCGUAGCUUUCGUGGUGGGGUUGUAGCCAUGGCUGCUGCACCUGGGUCGUUCCAGAAAUCGGAGGAGGAGUGGCAGGCCGUACUCUCGCCUGAGCAGUUUCGGAUUCUGAGGCAAAAGGGCACCGAAUAUCCAGGCACGGGAGAAUAUGACAAGUUCUUUGGGGAGGGAGUUUAUCAGUGUGCAGGAUGCGGAACUCCUCUCUAUAGGUCCACAACCAAAUUCAACUCUGGUUGUGGUUGGCCAGCUUUCUAUGAAGGUCUUCCUGGAGCCAUAAAUCGCAAUCCGGACCCAGAUGGCAUGAGGAUUGAAAUUACAUGUGCAGCUUGUGGAGGGCAUCUAGGCCAUGUAUUUAAAGGGGAAGGCUUCCCAACACCCACAGAUGAACGCCAUUGUGUCAAUAGCAUAUCACUCAAGUUUGCUCCAGCAAAUUCUUAUGCUUCCCAGUGAAGUCUAUUCUAAUGUUAUGUUCAUUCUGUUGUAAAUGAGUUUAACAAAAUAAAAGACUAAUGCUGCCACACUUGAGUUGAAUGCUAUCGUAACUCCUUAAUAUGCAUCUUACACUAUAUUUGUUGUUGUGUGGCUAA